AUGAGUUACAAACAUUUAAGUGGAAGUGAAAAACGAAAAAAACAAAAAUUAAGGGAACAAGAACGGCAUGCACAAAAAGAUGCGAUAUUAUCAUAUUUUACAUCCCACAACAGUGCGCAAAAAGGAAGUUCGUCAUUCCAUCUUGUUGCUGAUCAAUUUAUGGUGACUAAUGAAAGUGAUAGUAAAAAUAAAUUAUGUGAUGAAGGGCGAGUUGCAAUCAAAGAAAAUGAUAACUCCACUGUUGAUUUUCAAGCGACUUCACCUGGCACAAGUACAUCUCCAUCAUCUGCUAUAGAAAAGAACAAUGUAAGUAUCUCUUUUCCUAGCGAUAUAGGCGAUUGGCCAAGACAUUUGAAUCUCGAAUUUCAAGAAUAUUUUAUAAAUAAUCAACCGAAUCAAAAUAUUGAUAAAAUUGGUGAGUGUGUUACACAAUUAGAUAAUAAUAAAACUAGACAUUUGCAAAGUGCGAUUUUUUAUGAAACGAAAGCUAAUGGGGAAAAAAUUCUUCGCGAGUGGUUAGUAUACAGUCCUACAUAA